UGAAGAUAGAAGAAAGUGCCUGGCAGGGCAGUGCUGCGCGCACUUGCUUUGUGACAGUGGGAUUGGAAUGUCUGACCUCCUUCCACUCAGUGUGCGAUGUACCUUUUCACUAGCUUCAUAGGGCAGAUUGCUAUGCGUUUCCAUUGAAAAUCUACAGUAAAAAAAUUCCACUUGAGGGAGAUUUGUUCCAAUGCCGCUCAGUGUACUCUUUCUUGGAUGUGCUAGUAGGGUUUGACAGACUCACUGGUUACCCAAUACAUUUCCCAAUGGUUUACUUUAUUCACGUGUUGAACGUGAUGUAUUUCAGUCAGAGAUGAACAGCUUUCUAUUAAUAAAAAGACAUGAUUAUAGAGUGGACACCGCAAUGCAAGAAAUGUAUUUCAUGUAUUCCCCGGAACGCGGAACUAGUUGGAGCGUACAUUGCUGAGGGGACAUUUUAGUCGGUGGGUUCAGUCUAGUUUCCCUUCGUGGAAAGGACCCGGAAGUGACAUCAGUCUGCAACAAUCCCUCUGUUCAUGAGCAACAAAGACAUAGCUGCUGAAGCGAUAACUGGAAGCGGGAAGACACUGGCCUUUAUAAUCCCACUUUUAGAAAUACUGCUGAGAAGAGAAGAAAAAUUAAAGAAAAAUCAGGUCGGUGCUAUAAUCAUCACUCCAACUCGUGAGCUCGCUAUACAGAUCGAGGAAGUGCUUUCCUAUUUCACAAAACACUUCCCACAGUUUAGCCAGAUACUCCUUAUUGGGGGUAGUAAUCCAGUUGAAGAUGUGAAGAAAUUUAAAGAACAUGGAGGAAACAUCAUUGUGGCCACGCCAGGGCGGCUGGAAGACAUGUUCCGGAGACAGGCAGAUGGGCUGGAUUUAGUCAGCUGUGUGAAAACUCUGGACGUUCUUAUUUUGGAUGAAGCAGACAGACUUCUGGAUCUGGGGUUUGAAGCAAGCAUAAACACCAUCUUGGGCUUCCUACCAAAACAGAGGCGGACAGGACUGUUUUCAGCCACACAAACUCAGGAGGUGGAGAAUCUGGUACGAGCUGGGCUACGCAAUCCUGUACGUAUCACUGUGAAGGAGAAAGGGGUAUCAGAUACAAGCGCCCAAAAAACACCAACACGUCUACAGAAUUAUUAUAUGAUCUGCAAGGCGGAUGAAAAAUUCAACCACCUUGUGAGUUUCCUGCGACAGAGAAAAAAGGAGAAGCAUCUUGUGUUCUUCAGUACCUGUGCCUGUGUGGAGUAUUAUGGAAAAGCCUUAGAAAUGUUUGUAAAGAAUGUGAACGUCAUGUGUAUCCAUGGCAAAAUGAAACACAAGCGCAACAGGAUCUUCACAGAGUUUCGGAAGCUGGAGAGUGGUAUUUUGGUGUGUACAGAUGUCAUGGCUAGAGGUAUUGACAUUGCAGAAGUAGACUGGGUUCUACAGUUUGAUCCUCCAAGCAGUGCCAGUGCCUUUGUUCAUCGAUGUGGACGCACAGCACGGAUUGGUCAUCAUGGCAGCGCUCUUGUGUUUUUGCUUCCUAUGGAAGAAUCCUAUGUCCGUUUUCUUUCAAUAAACCAGAAGUGUCCACUGCAGGAAAUGACAGAAUUGAUGUGUACGGUGGAUCAUUUACCAAAGCUGAAGUCCAUGGCAAUGAGUGAUCGGGCAAUGUUUGAGAAAGGCAUGAAAGCGUUUGUCUCCUAUGUACAAGCUUAUGCCAAACACGAGUGCAGCUUAAUAUUUCAAGUGAAAGAUUUGGAUUUCUCCACCCUUGCCCGUGGCUUUGCUCUACUGAAAAUGCCCAGGAUGCCAGAAUUAAGAGGAAAGGAUAUCUCUGACUUUGUUCCCACUUCCAUCGAUACUGAUUCCAUCACCUACAAAGAUAAAAACAGAGAAAAGCAGCGACAGAAGAUGUUGAUUGAGAGAAAGCAGAAACAGGUGGUUGAGGGCAGGAGAAACUUCACAAAGAACAAGGCUUGGUCAAAGCAGAAAGUCAAAAAAGAGAAGAAGAAAAAAAUGGCACUUAAAAGAAAACACAAAGAGGGCUCUGAUAUAGAUGAUGAGGACGUGGAUGAGCUGCUCCGUGACACCAGAUUACUAAAAAAGCGGAAGAAAGGUAAAAUCACAGAGGAAGAAUUGGAGAAACAGCUGACCUCUUUUGGAAGAUCUGCAGAUGGCUCUGACCUAUCAGAUUGAACAUGACAUCUACUGUACUGUGUGGACUGUUAUUUUUAACUUGUACAGUUUUUCAAAAUUAUGAUGAUCCUAUUUUCAUCUGUGGCAGAGGGACAUUUGUGGUUAUGUUGGACCCAUCUACAAUUCAUUUUAUUGUAUAUAAAGCUUAUAAACUUGA